GCGCUAAAACCGGGUCGAUAACGCCCCGAUACGCGUGCCCAUGAACCAGCGCAGUGCGAUGGCCGAAGAAAAGUAUGGCACCCGCCGAGGCUGGGGCGACGAGACGACGCCAACCACCAAGUCCAAAUUUGACGCCAUGAUGGACGAGAUUGGUGACGGUUCGGACAAUGACGGCAACGAGGUAGCCCAAGCCAAGGGCUCGGCCCUCUAUGUGCGCAAAGGCUGUCGCAAAAAAGCAGACAGUGACAACGACGACGACGACGACGAUGACUCGGACGACGAUACGAUGGCCCGCGUUCGGCACGCCGCAGAUGCCAAGGAACAAUUUGGCCAUGCGUCGCCGCCCUUGUCGGUGCCGGCGAUCAGCAUGGACCUCAACGCGCUGCGCCAGUUUGUGAUGCGCGCACCGACCAAAGGCUCGGCCAGCGUUCAAUGCUACGUGGAGCGGGACAGGACCGGCACCAAUCUGCUUCGGCCCGUGUACCGCUUGUUUCUCGAAGAGAGCAAGCAGUUUUUACUCGGCGCCCAAAAACGAGUCAAGAACACAACCUCCAACUACCUCCUCUCGAUGGAUCGGUCGCCCACCAACCGGCGCAGCGGGCUCAUCGUCGGCAAGUUGCGCUCCAACUGGAGCGGGUCGCAGUACAUUGUGUUCAACCAAGGCAUGAAGCCCGGUGCCACCGCGGUCGAGUCGAAUGUGCGCACGGUGCUCGGCGUCUUGGAUUUUCAGUACGACAAGAUGGGUCCUGGGAAAAUGGCGAUUGCGAUUCCAACUGUCAACGACGCUGGCGUGCCCGUCGUCGUGCGGGACAAGUCGACCGACGAGAAAAAGGCGGGUCCGUUCCACAACACCGAGUUUUAUCGCGAUGGCAACCAUAUUCAGCUGCACAACAAGCGGCCCAAGUACGACGAGAAGGCGCGCGGGCACGUGCUCAACUUUAACGGCCGCGUCACCAUGUCGUCGGUCAAGAACUUUCAGCUCCAAUGUGACGGCCAUGGCGACGACGACGUGACGUUGCAGUUUGGCCGCGUCUCGUGCCAGCCCCCCGGCCCGAACGACCAAUGUUCUUGUCACAAGAACAUCUUCACGCUCGACUUCAAGCACCCUCUCUCGGCCGCUCAAGCUUUCGCGAUUUGCCUCGCCGCCAUGGACGGCAAGCUCGCCGACUCCAAGUCGUUCGAGACGCUCAGCGACCUCGCCAAGCGGACGCUAUAGAGAUAGUCGUCCUACUCGUAGUAUAGAUGAAGAACACGACGGCGACGCGUAUC